AUGACUGCUUGGAGUAGUUUGAGCAAUUUUGUUGAAAAAAACAAGACUGCUGCCAUUGUAACCGCUACAGUUUUGGCAGCUGGUACUGGUGCUGGUUUGUACUAUGUGUUGAGUCAGCAACCCAGUCUGACAUCCUCAGAGGCUGAUAAUGAAUCCAGUUCUUCAUCAUCUCCAACUGCAGGAACCUCUGAAAAAAAGAAAUCGAAAAAGAAGAAUAAGAAGAAGGCUGCCUCGGCUGCUGCAACUGCUACAGGUGCCGCCGCCACUGGUUCCGUUAAAGAGUCAUCUGGCACAGAAUUGCUGGGUUUCCCAUUAACUAAGGAAUCAGCCAAUGCUCCAGAAUAUCCCGUUAUUAACGACUUUUCCGUCGUCACAUCGCUCCCAGCUGAUCAAAAACAAAAACUAGCAGCCUCGUUCAAGGCAGCUGGUAACGACGCCUAUGGCAGUAAAAAGUAUGAAAAGGCCAUUGAGCUGUAUUCUAGUGCUAUCAAGUGUGAUCCUACUGAUCCUAUCUUUUAUUCUAACAGAGCCGCCUGUUACUCUGCUUUGCAAAACUUUGAAAAAGUCAUUGAAGACACCACCAAGGCUCUUGAGCUGAAGCCUGAUUAUAUUAAAUGUCUUUCUCGAAGAGCCAUUGCUGAGGAGAAGUUGGAGAAAUACCCCGAUGCUAUUCUUGAUUUCACUUCGGCCUGUAUUUUGGGUGAUUUCCAAGAUAAGAACUUGAACAAUGCUGUUGACAGAGUUUUGAGAUUGAACUCUGAAAAGAUUGCUAAUGAGAAGUACGCCACACAACCUAAAACUUUGCCUUCAUCUAGCUUUGUUUCUGCUUACCUUAACUCAUUCCACGAACGUCAACUGCCUGCUUCUCUCAACGAGGCUGUUGAGGGUACUGGUGAAUACAAUCUUAAAUUGGCUUUCGACGCUUUGUCCAAGGAAACUGCUGAGAGCUAUGAACAAGCCUUUGAUUUGAUCAAGAAGUCUGUUGAUGAGAUCAAAGAUGACGAACUUCUUGCUCUUGCCCUUGAAUACAGAGGUACCUUUAACUUCCUUCUUAAUGAGGGAGACGAGGCUCUUGAUGACAUUGAAAAGAGUAUCAAACUGCACCCUACUGUCCAAGCUUAUAUCAAACGUUCUAGUGUCCAGAUGGAGAGAGGAAGCGUGGCAUCUGCUAACCAAGAUUUCGAACAAGCUCUUAAGCUGGAUCCUAAAUCUGCUGAUGUAUACUACCACCGUGCACAAAUCGCUUUCCUCACAUCUGACUUCAACGCUGCUAUUUCUGAUUACAAGCAAAGUAUCGAACUCAACCCUGACUUCAUGUACUCUCACAUCCAACUUGCUGUUGCCCAAUAUAGACAAGGUUCUACAUCCGAGGCUAUUACUGCUUUCCGCAACUUGCUUGAGAAGUACCCCAAGUCUUCUGACGUUCACAACUACUACGGUGAGAUCCUUCUUGAUCAAGGUAGUGGUCCUGAUGCUCUUAAAGAGUUUGAUAUCGCCAUUAAACUUGAAACUGAAAAGUCUGUCGGUACUGUCAAUGUCCUUGCUCUUGUUAACAAGGCCCUUACUGUUUUCCAACUGAACCAAGAUGUUGCCGAAGCCGAGUCGCUCUGUCGCAAGGCCGUCACCAUCGACCCUCUCAGUGAUGUUGCUAUCAGCACGCUAGCUCAAUUCUGCUUGCAACAAAACAAGACUGAGGAUGCUCUCGAGCUGUUUGAACGCAAUGCUGAAAUCGCUCGUACUGUUCCCGAACGUGUACAAGCUCUGUCAUUUGCUGAGGCUGCUCGUACCCAGUUGCGCAUAAUCAAGGAACGCCCUGCCCUUCGUCAGCGUCUGGAAGCCAUCAGCCGCCAGAGUGCUCAUAUGUAA